AUGAACAAUAUAAGUACUGCAAAGUUCGACGAGAGCGAGAACGGGCCGGCCCGGGUGGAGGUGUACUACUUCGAGCGCGGGCCGGACGAGUACCUGGCGACGAGCGAGGCGGGCGCCGCGCCCCCCGCCGCGGCCGCCGCGUGCGAGCGCUGGGCGCGGCGGGGGGCGCGCCUGCCCGCGCCGCUGCCCGCCGCCGGCCGCCUGCUGUGCGCCGUGCCCCUCGCGCUGCUCGUCGCGCUCGAGAGGUGCGCGCUGACGAUCGCGCGGGACGCGGUGACGGGCGUGGUGCAGACGGCGUCGGACUACGCGCUGAAGCCGGCGCUGACGCUCGCGUUCAACGCGCUGCUGCAGCCGCCGCUCGCGUUCGCGGCCAACGUGGGGCGCGCGCUGCGCGGGGCGCUGCGGCCGCUCGCGCUGGCGCUGGGCGACGCGACGCGGCCGGUCGCGGCGCUGCUGCGCGAGAUGCGACUGGUCGCCGUGCACUGCGACAGGGGGCGCGCCGCCGACGUGUGA